AUCCAGGACAGGAAUACUAGAAAAAUUAGGGAAGAAUAUCGGAACAGGAACUCCAGACAACAGUACUAGGACUGAAUUCCAUACAAUAGUACCGGAACAGAGUACUAGAACAAGAAUUCCAUACAACAGUACUAGAUAGCACUAGAACAGAGUAUUGAAACAACAUCUCCAUACAAUAGUACUAGAGCAGAGUGAUAGAACAGGAAUUCCAUACAAUAGUACUGGAACAGAGUACUAGAACAGGAAAUCCAUAUAAUAGUACUGGAACAGGAAUUCCAUAUAAUAGUACUGGAACAGGAAUUCCAUACAAUCGUACUGGAACAGAGUACCAGAACAGGAACUCCCUACAGCUCCAUAAUAGAGCCCCAAAACAAAGUUAACAACAAAACAGCGCCCACCAGCACUAGCAUUUUCACUCCCGCACCUCUGCAUAGGCCCAAGAAAAAUGCUACGAUUCCUCCCCCGUCGAGGCCUCGCCACGCUCAAAGAAGUGCAGUCUUGCCAGGAGUAUCUCGACUUCUGCCGGCUCAAAGGCACGCCCAUGAACAGCACCGUUUUCCGCGGCACGCUUUACGAGCUCACCGCAAAAGCCUUGCUUGAGCAGUCGCUCCAUUUUUCGGACUUGGUGCGCUCAGGCGGCGCCGGCGACAAUGGGCUCGAUCUUUAUGGGCGCUGGGACCUCUCGCACUACAGGCCUGCCGACGGAGCGAUCAGAAAACCGCCGGCAAGCUCACUUCUCCUGGCGUGCAAGCCGUUUUCAGCCCAGAACAACGCGCUAGAUCUCCGGCAGGACGUGGUGGUUUUGGUGCAGUGCAAAAACCACCGGGUGAAAAUCAAGGCCGCCACCAUCCGCGAGUUGGCGGGCAUCCGCGAGUUCCACAUCAACAUGACCUCCAAGACCGAGCGCCGCAAGACGUUCAUGGUGCUAGUAUCGCCGCUUCCCAUGACCAAACAGGGCACGCAGCAGAUGGACACCAGCGAUGUGCCAAUGCUCCAUGCGCAGGUCUCGCCCCUCGAGGCGCCGCUGGUUCCGGGGCCUGGUGAUUUCUGCCUCCAGAAAUGGAAGGGGGGUGUUUUGGGGCCGGUGUACUUGAACUUCUCUGCACGCACGUUGUUGCAGGGGCUUUCAGUCGAGUGCAAGCUCGGCGAGGUGGUGCGGUGAGAAUGGCGAACUUUUGGUGAAGUGAGGGUUUGGUGACGACAGUGAAGUUUUGGUGACGAUAAAUAUCUUGCUAGUGACGAGAAUAUCCUGGCGACGAUGGUGAUAUUCUGGUGAAAACUGAGGGAACUAGGCUUCUGCUCUUCAAUGAACGGGCCUCCACAAGUCUUGAUACUCUCUCGAA